AUGGACGAGAAGAGAAAUCGUCUCAGCCUGCAGAUAACACGUCCCCCUCUGACAGAUGCCACGCGCAGAAUAAUCAACGGCGCAACCAUCCGGGCCGAGCCAGAGGAACGAACAGUAGAAGACGACUACCAGGAAAUAUUGUCAGACCCAAUGUCUAUCGUGACCACUCCAUUGUCGACCAAAGGCCAUGUGGAAAUCAAUUGCAUGUCACCGGGAACAAAUUCACAGGGCGGCUCGAACCGCAACUCGACGCUCUCCGCUCACUCUCUGCUUUCAAACAAGGGGAAACGAAAGACACAUGUCGGACCAUGGCAGCUGGGGAGAACCCUCGGAAGGGGGUCUACGGGUCGUGUCAGGCUGGCCAAACAUGCCCUGACGGGACAGACGGCUGCGAUCAAGAUUGUCUCGAAGAAGUCGGCGGCAAUGGCCCAGAGCGAAAGUAUUGCAGCCAUGGACAAGAAUAUCGGUCAUUUCAGCUGUGCAACCGCUAGACCUAUGCCAUCUGGCAUUGAACGAGAAGUGGUUAUCAUGAAGCUUAUUGAACACCCAAAUGUCAUCAGUUUAUACGAUGUAUGGGAGAAUCGGGGUGAAUUAUAUCUUGUUCUCGAAUAUGUCGAAGGGGGAGAAUUGUUCGAUUACGUAUCGAACCAUGGCCCGCUUGCAGAGGAGGAAGCUGUUCGAAUCUUCAGGCAGAUCAUCGCAGGCCUUGGGCACUGUCAUCGAUUCCAUAUUUGUCACCGCGACUUGAAACCGGAGAACAUCUUAUUAGAUUCGUGGCGCAACGUGAAGCUUGCUGAUUUCGGCAUGGCUGCACUUCAACCCGCUGGCCACUGGUUAAACACAUCCUGCGGAAGCCCACAUUACGCUGCACCUGAGAUCAUCUACGGGCGGAAAUAUCGUGGCGACAAGGCGGAUAUAUGGAGUUGUGGCAUCAUACUCUACGCGCUCUUGACAGGAUAUCUUCCAUUUGACGGAGGAGAUCUUCCUACAACCUUGCGAUUGGUAAAAAAAGCGGAGUUCAUGAUCCCUCGGGAGCUCAGCUACGAGGCGACAGAUUUGAUUGAGCGUAUUCUUCAGAAGAAACCCGAGGAUCGAAUUAACAUGGAACAGAUUUUCAUGCAUCCGCUCUUGAAAAAGUACGAAAAGUUUCACCAAGCCAGAUCCAAUCACUUCCUUGGUCCUGCGCCGCCAAUAUCCGUACGGGACUGUGGGCCACCAGUACUUGCCAGGCAGGACAUUGAUGCCGAUCUUUUGAGAAAUUUGCAAACACUUUGGCAUGAUGUCAAGCCAGAUGCUUUGAUUCAGAGACUUCUGGAGACUGAGCCAACGCAGGAGCGGAUGUUUUACAAUGCGUUGGUGAAAUUCAGGAAUGAGCAGCUCGAGAACUACCAAGGCCAGCCUCUCGAGUAUUCUGCCAGUGACUACCACCACAUCUCACGCGGACCGGCCCGCAUCGCCAACAAAAGAACAGGCUCUCGGAAACGCAACCAAGUGCCAACCAGGGAUAAGAUCCAUAGCCCGCUCCGAGAGCCGAAAUACUGUGCCACGGUCGAAAGUUACGACCCGUUCCGAUCCCCGAAGAACCGGAUCACGGACAGAGAGGCACAAUUUGCUAAAGUUACGAUUCAUCGCAGGAUCCCAGAAGAGGUUCAGAAAGAGGCAGCAGAAGAGGUCGUCCAGGUGCCAACCUCCGUUCCGGACAGUGAGCUUGGAUUCGAGGACUGUCUUCCUAGCUCACCUUUUGCCGUGGUGCGAAAUAAGAAAACGAAACUCAAUUCUGUCAAGUCAUUCCAAUCGAAAGCGUCAUGCGGCAGCUCUCGUCGACCCUUGAAUGGUACUCCAACACCUCGUUCCGCCAGCUACAAGAGGAAUGUAUGCUUUCGUCAUGGUCGCUAUCGGUCACAGGGGUCAAUGUCCGCUAAAGGCAGUAUCUCGCAUGUUGAUGUCCCGGAUGUCCCGGAUGUCCCUACUAUGAAGGACGACAAGAGCGACAGCAGCUUUGAAUAUGAAGAUGAUGGCGACCCCUUCUCCGACAGACACGGUAGUCCUAUGUUACCCGCUCAGCCGACGGUUGUUCGAGGCACUGGCAUCACCGUCAAACACUGCUCCCAAGUGAGAAAGGUGCGGGAGUCAGACUUUAUCUGGAAAGAUGAGGCUCGAAAGGUCUCUCAUGAGCUCGGUCAAAUCUGCGAGGAAGCCUUCAACGGCGGCUCUGUCUCCACGGGGUGCACAUCAAGUACAAGCACAGACUCAGAAACACCGGCGACGUCAGUUUCAAUGGCUAGCCCUGAAGACUCAUACCGCCGUAUCCCAGUACGACCGAAGAGAAAGUCCGGUCCUUCGAUCCCUGGUGCAUCGUCAAGGUCAUAUACUGCAGCUGAAUUGGCCGAGACUCGCCGUAAAUUGAUCGCACACUCCACACAAGAUGGUUCCCAGGACAUUCCCGCAUAUCUUACAGCAGUAAUUAGCCAUCUCGACCGCUUGAUUGAGCAAGACCGGCUCAGACAUCCUCCAAAACGAAGUGCCUCUGAUGAAAACACACGUGCCUCCCAGCCGGACCCGUUCCUCAAAACCUCUCACGAACCCUCCUCUCUGCCAAUGAUAUCUGAAGAAGCCAAUAACUCCAGCAAACCCAAUAUCAUUGAGCAUGAAAACAUCACGUUCCCAUCAACCUCCAUGUCUGGUAGUCGUCCGACCAGCAGUGUCACUUCCGGCAGAAGGACAAUUCGGAUGGUCCCUCAGAGUUCUGUACCGUCCAUCGACAAUUCCAAGUCUCUGGACGUACGAAAACGAUACCGCAACCGCGAAACCACCCCCGGUGACACUCAACCCUUGAUCGAAGAUUAUGAAGCACUUCCAGAUAUUGAAAGUGCCACAUCCACUAGGUACACAUCGGCCAGCUCUCGAACAGCUCGGAACCCACCUGAACUCGCCCCCAUUGCGGAAAUCCCACCAAAGUCGCCUAGACGGAGUGGUCCUCGUGGCCCUGAGACUAAGAAAUGGUCGUGGUUCCGUAAUCGCUCUCAAACAAGCACCGAGACGGCAAGACUACAAAGUGACAUGAAGCCACGACAACCUAGCCCUGCUACGUUAGUGAUCCAAGAGGUCAACCAACCCGCACAACCUACGCCAGCAGAAGUGGAAGGAGCACUAAAAGCUCAGGAACAGACACUAACAAAACAAAAAGGCGGCUUCCUAAGGAAGCUGAUGAAACGAAAGCAGAGCAAGACAGUUGAUUCUUCAACAACAGAAACCCUCCCAGUGGAAGCAGGUGAGACAGCGGAUAACAAUCCUCUAUUGACCCAACUCAGUGGAGGUGACACCUCGUUCGAAACAGACAACAACCAACAGCCGCUGCCACGGAGGCCCAGACCUGCGCGAAGCCAAAAUUGGUUCGCACGCGUUUUCCAAUUUAAACCUGCCACCCGAGUUAUUGCCUUGAACACCUCGAAGAUCAAGGGCCGGAAAGAGGUCUACAAGAUCCUCCGGGAAUGGGAAUGGAAACAGUACGGUCUGGUAGACGUCUGCAUGGACAAGUCCAACAACGUUAUCCAUGGUCGUGUUGAUGAAGUUAACCUCCUCCGUCUUCGACCAGUCAAGUUCUCUGCAGAGUUCUACACCGUUCUCGAGCACGGCCGACAAGCAAACCUGAGUCUCGUCCGCUUCAGACAAGAGCGAGGAGCCGCCUCGUCUUUCCAGAAGGUCGUUGACACGCUACAUCUGGUAAUGAAGCAGCGCGGGAUCUUAGUCGAAGACCCAUCUCGUGCUAAAAAGAUGACUCAAAUUCUUGAUGCGUUCCCAGACAAGACUUAA